AUGAAGGAAACUACUCACAAGGUUGUUAAAAACUCCUCGACAGCCCACGACCGGUUUCGCCCUUCUUGGGGCUCAUCAGGUAGGCGCAGUCCCCAAGUUUCCGUCAACCUUAUCAGCCCAAAGACAGUGAGUUGUACUUCCAUAAAAGAAGCUAGUCACAAGGUUGCUGAAAACACUUCGGCAGUCCAUGACCGGUUUCGCCUUUCCUGGGGCUCAUCAUGUGGGCGGAGUCCCCGGGCUCCCGUCAAUCUUAUGUUUUACUUGAACCCGAAUUGA